AUGGCAAACUGGUCUGAGCUCCAACCCGACCUCUUACAGCUGAUCAUGAACAAUCUCUCGUUCGUCAACAUCCUUCGAUUCAGAGCUGUUUGUUCUUCGUGGAAUCACGCUGCAAAAUCUUGUGCCACUUCAUCAUGUCCUCCUCCUCGAACCCCUAGUACUCCAUGGCUCAUGCUCCCUAGUAGUUAUGAAGAAAACGACAAAAAAAACCCUGCCAGUGGAGCUCGUUGCUUCUACAGUCUUGAAGAACAGAAAGUUUACAUCAUCAAGAGCGCGUUUCAAGACUAUGAUCAUGCUGCUGCUUUGCGUGGGUUCAUCACACGGGCUGUCCUCUCCUCCGACCCAACUCGUGACAACAACUUCGCUGUUGUGGUGAUUCAUAGUUUUUUUCCGUCAAAACUUGCAUUUUAUAAGCAUGCGGAGGAGGACAGCAGAAUCAGACGGACAGACUUAAAUGGUGUGCAUGGAGGAUAUUGUGAUGUUAUUUUUCACAAUGAGCAGUUGUUUGCAUUGGCUGGGGAUGGCUCGGUUGAAGUCUGGGACUUCAUCAAGUCCUUUCCCAUCGAAAGCAUUGAUCUUGCUCAACCGUUUGCGGAGAUUAAAAAGGCGGAUAUAAUGCAAGACUUUUCCAUUUACAAGUAUUCUACUCAGAAUUAUCUGGUGGAGUCAUUGGGUGAGAUUUUGUAUGUGGGGAGAGUGAUAGGGAACUUUGUUAACCAUAAGGGCAUAGUCAUUGGUCAGACGGAUCUUCCUGAGGGGUUUGCUGUUAUUUGUCCCUAUAGAACUCUGCGGUUUUACAUCCUCAAGUUGAACAUCACUGCCAAAAAGUGGGAUAUAAAUUUCCAAUUAGACUCUGCUGAGAAUGGUUAUGGUGGUCAUGAUAAUGGAGUUUACAACAUAGGAAAUAAAGUUGUGAAGCCAUUUGAUCAGCUUGAUAAGUGGAAAAUUGAUCCACCACCCUUCUGGAUUGUUCCUAAUCCAUGA